CAGAAUAUUUUAUCAUGGGCCAUUUGCAAUCAAGCUGAAACAAAACAAUUUCCAAACAAAGGCAGGCAAACAGAUUGUGCAAGAAGCGCUGCAGGCAGAAGUCGCACAGCUGUGAAGCCGAGCGUCAGACACGAAGGGCGGGGAGCAGCAGCAAGAGGAGGAGGGCGCGUCUAAAAGGAUCCUCCUCACAGUCUUACCUGGAAAAACUACAGGAAUACUUUCACGCCAUAGUGAAGGCAUGUCGAGGACGCGCUCACAGGAUGAUUUUUAACCAUCUAGGUGCUAUUUUAUGAGAUAACACCAUGUAUACGACUGAACGUAGGCGCAUGAGCCUGCACGAAACCAAGCGAAAAGAUCCCGUCCGAGUUUCAGCUGGAAGUUUGUGGCAGGAUCCUUUGGCUCUUGAAGUAGGUGGCGCGGGUAAAAACGUGAUAUCGCCGAGAAGCCGGACCAGGGCUUUGUCUGUUGUGUACAUCGCGGUCGAGGACGGGUCUUUGCCCCAAACUGAGGAGUCACUUUCACUGAAAUGUCUGACUGAAGCUUGCGCGGACGCUCACGCGGUGCUGAAGAGCAUUUCCUACGAGCGCAUUGCACUGGGCACCACUGAAAUCCUGGACACUUUCUACAACGCAGAUGUGGUUGUUGUGGAGAUGAAUAACUCCAUCUGCCAGCCAUCUCUGUUUUAUCACCUGGGUGUCAGAGAGAGUUUCAGUAUGACCAACAAUGUCAUCCUGUACUGUAACAAACAAGAAGACGAUAUGCAAGUUGUGAAGGAACAAUGUGGGAGCUACACGUUCAUCCCCUACAUGGUGUCACCACAGGGUAAAGUGUUUGCCUGUGAUGCAGCACUGAUGAGGGCAGUCAAAGAUUUCCUGCAUUCCAGCUUUAAAUUUGAAUCCCUGAUGACAUCUCUGGUGGAUCGACUGGUCAAAUUACUGGAAAGCGUUCACAUUAAUUCUAGCGAAUACCUUCAUGAGGCAAUCCGUAGGGAGAUCCGUCUGGCUCGAGAGCACUUCACUGGCCCGGCUUUGAGUCAGGAGCUGGGACGGAUCCAGAAGCGUCUGGACUCUGUGGAGCUUCUGAGUCCAGAUAUUGUUAUGAGCCUUCUGCUGUCCUACAGAGACAUUCCACAUCUGUUGUCUCGCUGUAUGAGGGAGCUGUUCUUAAAGAGAGUGGAAGAUCGUUCAAAAGUCUUGGAGCUGCUGCUGAACAAGCUCUAUCACCUCGACAUUUCAAGCGACUAUGACUCCAUAAUAAAUCUGGUGGAGACCUUGAAUAAUUUGCCCAUGUGCAUGGUGCCAGCACAUCAGAACAUCAAAUUUCAGUAUAUAUUUGCUUUGAACAGGAGGAAUCACCCUGGGGAUCGUGUCAGGGCUUUAAAGCUCAUUUUACCCAUUGUGGAGUCGGGGGAGACGGUAGCCUCAGAUGUGUACUGCCUGUGUGGACGCAUCUACAAGGACAUGUUCCUCAGUUCAGGCUUCAAAGACACAAACAGCAGAGAUCAGGCAUCUAAAUGGUAUGGCAAGGCCUUUACGAUUGAGCCCAGUUUACAUUCUGGAAUCAAUAACGUUGUGCUCCUGAUGGCCGCUGGGCAUGAAUUCGACACUUCUAUUGAACUGCGGAAAAUCGGUGUUACCCUCAGUAGUCUGCUGGGCAGGAAGGGCUCCCUCGAGAAGAUGCAGGACUACUGGGAUGUGGGAUUUUAUCUGGGAGCUGGAAUCCUGGCCAAUGAACACAAGAAAGUCAUAGAUGCUUCCGAGAGACUCUACAGGCUCAAAGCUCCAAUGUGGUAUGUUGCAUCCAUUAUGGAGACGUAUAUACUCUACAAGCAGUUUGCCAAACCCAGAGAAGUGAAUCAUCCUAAACAAGAAACUGCAGACUUUUGGAUGGAGUUGAUGGUACAAGCAUGCAAACCUACCGUUUCCACAGCACGAUGCCCAGUUCUGAUUCUGGAGCCCACUAAAGUCUUCCAGCCCAGUAUAAUAAGCGUAAGUGAGGAAGACGACAGCCGUACGGUGCAGCUUAGACAUGUCACUCCACUCGAGAAAGGUCUUCACGAGUGGACUUUCCCAGCAUCUGCGAUUCGUGGAGUGAGCAUUUCCAAGUUUGACGAACGGAGCUGCUUCCUGUAUGUCCUGUACAAUUCAGAUGACUUCCAGUUGUACUUUCCCAGUGAUCUGCAUUGCAAAGGGUUCUGUGAUUUAGUGAACUCGCUGUUGCAUCAAACCGAAAGUCCUGUGGAGGAUUCCAGUUCAAUGAGGGGAGAGGAAGGAGAUUUAGAGUACAUUUAUGAGAGGAAUGAGAAUGGAGACAAAGUGGUGCUGGGUAAAGGAACCUAUGGAGUGGUGUACGCUGGACGGGACCUCAGCAAUCAAGUGCGCAUCGCAAUCAAAGAGAUUCCAGAGAAGGACAGCACCUACUCUCAGCCGCUUCAUGAGGAGAUUGCUCUGCACAAGAGGUUAAAACACAGGAACAUUGUUCAGUAUUUGGGCUCAGUCAGCGAGGAUGGCUUCAUCAAGAUCUUCAUGGAGGAGGUUCCUGGAGGAAGCUUGUCGUCUCUAUUGCGAUCAAAAUGGGGUCCUCUUAAAGAUAAUGAAGCAACCAUUGUCUUCUACACCAAGCAGAUACUGGAUGGAUUGAAAUAUCUCCACGAUAAUCAGAUCGUCCAUCGAGAUAUUAAGGGUGAUAAUGUUUUGGUAAACACAUACAGCGGUGUGCUUAAGAUAUCCGAUUUCGGCACCUCUAAGAGACUAGCAGGAAUCAAUCCCUGUACAGAGACGUUCACAGGGACUUUGCAGUACAUGGCUCCAGAGAUCAUCGACCAGGGGCCUCGUGGGUAUGGAAAACCGGCUGAUAUCUGGUCUCUGGGCUGUACUAUCAUUGAAAUGGCCACCGGAAAGCCACCCUUUCAUGAGCUGGGAAGUCCUCAGGCAGCCAUGUUCAAGGUGGGCAUGUUUAAGAUUCACCCUGCAGUGCCGGAGUGCAUGUCAGAGCAAGCCAAAGACUUCAUCAUGUGCUGCUUUGAGCCAAACCCAGACAAGAGAACCACGGCAUCAGAGCUCCUGAAGAACGGCUUUCUGAAGGCCAGUGCCAAGAAGAGACUAAAACCUCUGGCGGACAACAGCCUGAAAGAACCUGCCGGAGAAUUUCACAGGAGCAUGUCGGUUCCUGUUGCGUUGCGUGUGGAGAACACAGAUGUGGAGCACAAUGAACUGUCCUGCUCUUUUGAUCUGAGAAGAGCCACUUCUGCCUUCAAAGGAAACAAUAUUGCUGAAAGUCCUCCAAGCACCAGUGGCUUCCUGACAGUGCCAGAUGAGCCUCAGAUAGACAUGACCACAAGUCCAUCAGGUUCUGGAGAGAAUCUAGGUCUGUUUAUGCUGAGAAAAGACAGUGAGCGGAGGGAUACGCUACACAGGAUCCUUACAGAGGACAUCAGCCAUGUAGUUCAAAACAUUCAGGAAACAAUGCCGCAGGCGGAGGAGCCGUGCAUCACCUCAGAUCACAUCAGCGAACUGAUUGGCUGCCUGCGAGAAAACAUCCGCUCUCCAGACAAAAGACUCCUGACCAACAGCCUGCUGACUUUACGCUCCAGCCUUUUAAACUCCUCUGUGCCUCUCAGCAGCCUGCAGGCGGUGCUCUUCAGCUUCCAGGAUGCCGUCAAGAAGGUUCUGAGGAAACAGCAGAUUAAACCUCACUGGAUGUUUGCUUUGGACAACUUGCUGAGGCAGGCUGUACAAGAUGCAAUCACAGUUCUGCUCCCAGAGCUCAAGCUUCAGCUGCAGUCUUCAUUUGAAAACGAGGAGGGUUCACCAGAAACCGAGCAUCCCACAGAGGCUGAUUCUGAAUCAACCGUCACGCCCCUCGCCAAGGACAAAGAAACAUUGGUUAUCACUAAAGAUCCUGAAGAAGGUCAUUCCACAUGCAACAGUUUACCCACUGACCUCAUCUCCAGUUACAGUUCACUUGCAAAGGAGCUGUCAGAACUUCGUUUGGAGUCCAGGAGGUAUCAGUACUUUUGUUGAAAAAAAAAAUCACAUACAGUGGGUACAUAAAGUGUUCACACCCCCUUACAUUUUUUACUCUUUGUUAUAUUGCA